AUCACCUCACUGCAACCGCAAUCAAGGAAGAAACACUCCAGCCAGGCAGCCCCGAACUGGAGGGAGCCCACAAAACACAAAGGUCCUGUGGGGAAGGACUGGUGAGGCCCCUUUUCCAGAAAGGGGACGCCGAUUUAGACAAUCCAGAGGGGAGAACGCUGCCAAGGAAGUGGCUUUGGGAAGAGGGCCAGACCCUUAACCAGCAUCUAACCCACAUAAGUGAGCAAAAGCAUUCAUGUCCCGAAUGCGGGGAACGAUUCCGCCAUCAGCCGCCGACGGUACAGCAUCGGGUGAUCCACACCGACAUCAAACCGAAGGAGCACCAGGACGUCCACCGAAAAGAGAAAACAUCUUUCAGCUGUCCCGGCGUUGAGAAAAGCUUUACGCGCCAAACGAUCGACACGGGGGAGAGGUCAGCCGCACGUAGCGCAUGCGGGAGACACUCCCGCGAGUGGAUUCAGCCGAGCCAGCAUCCCAUAAUGCAAGGCGGAGAGGCGGCUUACGAGUGUCCGUUGUGCCAGAAGGAAUUCCGGAGAAAAAGGAACUUGAUUGCGCACCAGAAGACCCACACUGGGGAAAGGCCGCACAGCUGCUCGCAGUGUGGAAAAAGCUUCAGCGAGAAAGCCAAGCUGAUUCGACACGAAAGGGUCCACACCGGGGAGAAACCGUACGCGUGUCCCACUUGCCCGAAAAGUUUCAGUCAACGAGAGACGUUGCUGAGGCACCGGAGAAUCCACACGGGAGAGAAGCCUUAUCGGGGUUUCGUAGGCGGGGAAGAUUUUCAGCAGAGAGAGAGACGCUGUUGCGGCAUCACGGGAAGAAACUUCAGUAAUGCUCGGAGUCUGGAAAUAUUGGGAGCAGGAGUCUGGAAAUAUUGGGAGCAGUCGGUCUUGGAUCCUGGCGACUGCCUGGCCAAGUCCCUGCAGUGUCCUUAUACCGGAUGGAGGAACCAAAAUAAGGAGCGGGACGGUUUGCCUGGGGGCUCGGAGCGCCUGCAGCUGAACCGGAUGAUGUGGGGCGGAGACGAGGUCAGCUUUACCCCCAGCGUUGGGGGCCAGUUGGGCGCCCCGGACAGCCCCCCGAGGACGGUGGAUUGUCUGCUGGAAGCCCGGGCCCCCAUUUCGAUCCCGUUCGGCGGGGGCUUCUUCGACUUCAGCGAGUUUGCUGUCCAGGAGAGCUUCCUCCAGAGGAAAGGCCAGGAGCUCUCCAAAACCUUUGGGCCAAGCCUGAGGAGCGCCAGCGUGGCGGAGCUCCGGACUCAGGAGAAGUCCCCGCCGGCGGAGAAGCCCUACAAGUGCAACGAGUGCGGGAAGAGCUUUGGCAAACGCUCCACCCUGAACACCCACGGCCGGACCCACACGGGGGAGAAGCCCUUCAAGUGCUCGCACUGCGACAAGCGCUUCAGCCAGAGCUCCCACCUGCAGCUGCACGAGCGGACCCACACGGGGGAGAAGCCCUACAAGUGCCUCCUGUGCGAGAAGAGCUACAACCAGCGGUCCAGCCUCAUCAUCCACGAGCGCAGCCACACGGGCGAGAAGCCCUACUCCUGCCUGGAGUGCGGGAAGAGCUUCAGCCAAAAGGCCACCCUGGUCCUCCACGAGAAGAGCCACCGGGGGGAGAAGCCCUACAAGUGCCUGGAGUGCGGCAAGGGCUUCAGCCUGAGCGCCGACCUCAUCCGCCACCAAAGCAUCCACACCGGGGAGAAGCCCUACACCUGCUCCGAGUGCGGGAAGAGCUUCAGCCAAAACUCCCACCUCAUGGCCCACAUCCGGACCCACACGGGCGAGAAGCCCCACAAGUGCCUGGAGUGCGGCAAAGGCUUCAACUGGAGCUCGGAGCUAAUCGCCCACGAGCGGACCCACACCGGCGAGAAGCCCUACCAGUGCCUCUACUGCGCCAAGAGCUUCAGCGUCCGCUCCAGCCUCAGCAAGCACGAGCGGACCCACACCGGCGAGAAGCCCUACGUCUGCCCCCAGUGCGGGAAGGCCUUCAUCCAGCGCUCCAGCCUGGUGGCGCAUGAGCGCUCCCACACCGGCGAGCGGCCCUACAUGUGCCUGGGCUGCGGCAAGGGCUUCCGGGAAAGCUCGCAGCUCAUCGCCCACGAGCGGACCCACACCGGCGAGAAGCCCUACGUCUGCUCGGAGUGCGGCAGCUGCUUCAAAGCCAAGGCCGCCCUCCUCCGGCAUCAGCGCGGCCACUUGGGGCUGAACUCUUUCAUCUGCGCCGACUGCGGGAAGAUUUUCUCCUCGGCCGCCGAGAGCCCGGAGAAGUGUCCCGAGUGCGUGAAUCUGAGCCUGACGCCGGGCCUCCCGCAAGCAUCGGAAGAGGCCGAUCGGGAAACGGCCGAAGGAGCGGGACAGAGCGGCGACGCCAAGAUGUGA